UCGAGUUGGGGUCUCGGGAAGGCACAGCGGUUCAAGCGCAAUCGCCAUUUCAUAAUUUUCAGAAGGAAGUGGGUGGCGCUGGUGUAUUUCUUUGCCGACGUCCAGCAGAGAUGGUCUCACCUGCCUUCAACCCAUAUUAAAAGUUUUCAUUUUAACGGGAAAAAAUGUACGGACUUAUUUUGAGAAAUUUCCAAGAGUUUUUAUUAGAGUGCUACGGCAAAAUGAGCUGGGAUGCCAUAAGAAAAGAGAGCAACAUCGAAGAGACGUCUUUUUCACUUUACCAAGUCUACCCGGAUAAUUAUGCAGAACGUAUCUUGAGUUUCGCUUCAAAGAUACUACAAAUCUCAGAAAACGAAAUUUCAGAAAAAGCUGGGAAAAACCUUGUCAAAUUUCUUAACAAGUAUGGAUACGAUCAAGUACUGUCUGUUUUAGGGAGGGAUUUCAGAGAUUUUUUAAAUGGUUUAGAUAAUCUUCAUGAAUAUAUGAAGUUCUCUUAUCCAAGGAUUAGAGCACCGUCGUUCAUAUGUGAAAAUGAAACAAAACACGGAUUAAUAUUGCAUUACAGAAGUAAACGUAAGCAGUUUGUCCAUUACACUAUAGGCAUUAUUAAAGAAGUCGGAAAACAAUAUUACAACAAAGACGUUCAUAUUGAUAUCAAAAAGGAAGAAAUAGUGUUUGACGUAUUGCAAGUAGCGUUGCUGUUGAGUUUUAACAACGAAGAAUUCAUCAAAUCAUCACACCCCGCCAAAGUCCACGAAAGGCAUAUAUCAGUCAGUUCAUUGAUCUUUUUUGAGAUUUUCCCGUUUAGUGUUGCAUUCAGCAACGAUAUGAAAAUAAUUUACGCUGGAAAUUCUUUACUGGAACUGUUGCCGAAUGUAAUUGGAAAAACACUGACCAGCACAUUCGACAUCGUGAGACCUAUAAUUCAGCCAGUCUUUUCAAAAAUACUGUCAAGAGCUAAUAACAUAUUUGAAUUGGUUACUGUCUCACCUGUGGUCAAUAACCGUUCCAUUGAAAAUAAAUGGCCAUUGCACUCUAGUAAACAGACGAUAACUGAGCCCAGCAAGCACACUCUAAUGUUAAAAGGUCAAAUGAUUUUUGUCGAAAAAUGGGAAAUGAUGGUUUAUUUGGGUACGCCUGUCAUGCAAAAUCUAGAUUAUAUUAUUGGCAUGGGCCUUUACAUCAACGACUUAUCAAUGCAUGACUUUAGCAGGGACCUUAUGAUUGCCGGUACCCAACAAUCCGUCGAGUUGAAAUUAGCUCUUGAGCAGGAGGAAAAGAAGACGAAAAGGAUCGAAGAAUCGAUAAACAAAUUAGACGUUGAGAUGGAAAGAACUAACAGUCUCUUGUAUCAAAUGAUACCUGAAGGUGUUGCAGAAAGGCUCAGAGCCGGAGAAUCACCCAUUGAUACAUGUCAGAAAUUCGAAAGCGUAUCCAUCCUCUUUUCAGACGUUGUCAGAUUUACGGAGAUUUGUUCACGGCUUUUACCGAUGGAAGUCGUUUCGAUGUUGAAUUCCAUGUAUUCAAUAUUCGACAGCUUGACUGAAAAACACGACGUCCAGAAAGUAGAAACAAUCGGUGAUGCGUACAUGGUUUUUUCUGGGACCAAAGACGAAGAGAAAAACCAUGUCUCUAGAGUGUGCGACAUGGCGCUGGAUAUGAUGGAGCACAUUAAACAGCUUAAAGACCCAAGCGCAGGGUUGCAUUUGAGACUGCGGAUCGGAAUUCACACGGGGCCGGUCGUAGCCGGAAUAGUCGGCUUGAAAAUGCCUCGCUAUUGCCUAUUCGGCAGGACGGUGAAGAUCGCUUCACAAAUGGAAGCCCUGAGCCAACCGAUGAAGAUACAGAUAACACAAUCGACCUUCAACGUACUACCUUCAGAAUACCAAGCUACUUAUCGCGGAGAGAUUAGAUUGUUGGAUAACUGUGUGAAAAAGACAUACUGGCUUGAUAAUAAAGCUCCUCUGUUAAGCUGUAUAGACAGAUCUGAAGAGCUUUACAAUCAAAGAAAAAAUGGAGGUGAGACAUCCGAGGAACAGCUCAACCUACCGGUUUUACCUAAAAAGCCAGAUUAUUCUAAAUUCCUACAGGAUAACUACAAGGAGAAGGCUUAUUUUCCGAUAGUAAAUGGAGGUCACUUGAAUACAGUCCACGAGGCGGAAUGCAGUGGAACAAUCCCUCCGCCAACCCGAAAGAAAAGCCCUUUCAAACAUAAAAAAUGUUCUCUACCACGGAAUAGAAGGCAGAUGCCCAAUGAGGAGUCAGACAAAUUGAUCAAGGAAAAUUCGAUAAGGACACCUAUCGGCCCAGAACCAUUUUUGCGGAAUACCGAAUACUCGACAAACGCCUGA